AACUGUAGGAACAAACUAUGGGAAUAUCUAGUAUAGUUCCAAAUGGGGUUAUCACUGGUGAUAAUGUACUUAAACUUUUUAAAUAUGCAAAAGACAAUGAGUUUGCUAUUCCGGCAGUUAAUUGCACAUCAUCAUCAACCAUUAUUGCUGUUUUAGAAGCAGCAAAAAGUACAAACUCGCCUAUUAUCAUUCAAAUAUCACAAGGAGGUGCUGCUUAUUUUGCGGGAAAAAGUCUUAACAACGAUAAACAACAAGCAUCCAUUGCCGGUGCUAUUUCUGCUGCUUAUUUUGUAAGAUCUAUUGCUCCUUUUUACGAUAUUCCAGUAAUUUUGCAUACUGAUCAUUGUUCCAAAAAACUUCUACCAUGGCUAGAUGGCAUGCUCGAUGCAGAUGAAAAAUAUUUCAAAAUUUAUAAAGAACCUCUCUUCAGUUCGCAUAUGAUCGAUUUAUCUGAAGAAUCUAAAGAAUCUAAUAUUGAACUUACAAAACGAUACCUUCAACGUAUAGCACCAAUGAAACAAUGGCUUGAAAUGGAAAUUGGUAUUACAGGGGGUGAAGAAGAUGGAAUUAAUAAUGAAGAAGUUAGCAAUAAUAAACUAUACACACGACCUGAAGAUGUUUUUGAUGUUUAUUCUGCUCUAUCAGCCAUUUCACCUUAUUUUUCUAUUGCAGCAGCCUUUGGUAAUGUUCAUGGUGUAUAUGCUCCAGGAGGAGUAUUUCUUCGUCCAGAACUUUUAAAAGCACAUCAAGAUUAUGCCAAACAAAAACUUAGAUGUAACGAGAAACCUCUAUUUUUUGUAUUUCACGGAGGAUCAGGGUCAUCACUUGAAGAAUAUCACGCUGCUAUUAAAAACGGUGUGGUUAAAAUAAAUAUUGAUACGGAUACCCAAUUCGGUUAUUUAGAAGGCGUUCGUGACUAUAUCUUAUCUAAAAAAGAAUAUUUAAUGUCUCAAGUUGGAAAUCCAGAAGGAUUAAAUAAACCAAAUAAAAAGUUUUUUGAUCCUCGUAUAUGGCUUCGCGAAGGGGAGAAAUCUAUGUGCAAUAAAGUUCGAGCCCUUCUUAACGAUUUUAAAACAAUAAAUACACUAUAAACUUUUAAAUUUUAACAAAAUUUAAAAAAAAUGUAAAUUUACU